AUGUAUUUUUCACAGACAUUAAGCACUUUUUAAAACACUAAGCAUCUUUCAAUUUAGUUGUCAAAAGCCAGUAUAACACUGCUGUUUUUUGGUAGUUCUUACUUUUAACAUGCCUUUGUGAUGUUCCAGGUCCCUUUGUGUUCCUUCUCUUUCAAGUAUUUCCGAGCUGGGGAAGAAGCAGUGUGAUCAUCAGGACUCUUGAACUGUGCGUAGUUGCAUUUCUAAAGUAUUUAAGGCAGAGAAUAAAUUUUCCCGUCUUAAGGAUUCCACAUAUCUUUAAAUAUCACAAGACUUACUACAUCAUAAAUGUAUGUUAGAUUGCUUGUGAAAUCUAAUAAAUUAUUUCCCUUCUCUUCAUUUUGCUGCCUUCUCUUUGUUUUGACUUUUGUUCUUGGGGUUUUGGGCAGGACAGGUCUUGUCUUGGAGACCAAGCAGAAGGAUGGGUGCAGGAUGGGCCUGAAUUUGUACUGUGAAACUGGGCACUGCUCUUCCUCAGUAAUUACCUUGCAUUGUUCAUCUGCAACUUGAAAACUGUCAGUGGAACAUUGGCAGUUAGUAAGAAGAGCCCAGCUGAUCACAGAGCACUGGAUGGGGAUCUAUUUUCUGCUGUUAGUUGUAGGGCUUUGUUGGGGGCAGUACAACCCCAACACUGUCCCAAAGAGAACCUCUAUUGUGCAUCUCUUUGAAUGGCGCUGGCAGGACGUUGCUGAGGAGUGUGAACGCUACUUAGCUCCUAAUGGAUUUGGAGGAGUCCAGAUUUCACCUCCAAACGAAAAUGUUAUCAUUACUGACCCCCGGCAGCCAUGGUGGGAAAGAUACCAGCCUGUCAGCUACAAGCUGUGCACAAGGUCUGGAAAUGAAACUGAAUUUAGAGACAUGGUGGCCCGGUGCAACAAUGUUGGAGUGCACAUUUAUGUGGAUGCAGUAAUCAACCAUAUGUGUGGAGCCAAUGCUGGGGCUGGUGACCAUGCUACUUGUGGAAGCUAUUUCAAUGCAAAGACUGAAGAUUUCCCAGCUGUGCCCUAUUCUGGCUGGGACUUUAAUGAUCAUAAAUGUAAAUCUAGAAGUGGAAACAUUGAGGAUUAUCAUGAUAUAUCUCAGGUGCGGGACUGCCGCCUGGUCAGCCUGCUGGACCUGGCCCUGGACAGGGAGCACGUGCGCUCCAGGGUUGCCGCGUACCUGAACCGGCUCAUCGGCCUGGGCGUCGCGGGCUUCCGCAUCGACGCUGCCAAGCACAUGUGGCCUGCCGACGUCAAGGCCAUUUUAGACAAGCUGGAAGAUCUAAAUACUCAGUGGUUUCCUGCAGGAACUAAACCUUUCAUUUACCAAGAGGUGAUUGACUUGAGUGGAGAGCCCAUCAAAGGCAGUGAGUACUUUGGAAAUGGCCGAGUGACAGAAUUCAAGUACGGUGCCAAACUGGGGACAGUGAUCCGCAAGUGGAACGGAGAAAAGAUGGCCUACUUAAAGAACUGGGGAGAAGGCUGGGGCUUUGUGCCUUCUGACAGAGCCCUGGUCUUUGUGGACAAUCACGACAACCAGAGAGGACACGGGGCUGGUGGAGCUUCUAUUCUGACCUUCUGGGAUGCCAGGCUCUAUAAAAUGGCAGUUGGUUUCAUGCUUGCCCAUCCGUAUGGCGUCACGCGUGUGAUGUCAAGUUUUCGCUGGCCAAGAUAUUUUCAAAAUGGAAAGGACGUCAAUGACUGGUAUGGGCCCCCAAGUAACGCAGAUGGCUCCACAAAGACCGUUACAAUCAAUCCAGACACGACCUGUGGCAACGACUGGGUUUGUGAGCAUCGCUGGCGUCAGAUCAGGAACAUGGUCAUCUUCCGUAACGUGGUGGAUGGUGAGCCUUUCUCCAACUGGUGGGACAAUGGCAGCAAUCAAGUGGCUUUUGGCCGUGGUAAUAAAGGCUUCAUCAUCUUCAACAAUGACGACUGGUCCUUGAAUGUAUCUCUGCAAACCGGUCUGCCUGCUGGCACUUACUGUGAUAUCAUUUCUGGGCAAAAGGAAGGUGACUUGUGUACAGCAGUUGAAGUUCAGGUUGCUGCUGAUGGCAUGGCUAAUUUCCUAAUUGGGAAUGAAGACCAAGACCCAUUUAUUGCCAUUCAUGUUGAUGCUAAAUUGUAAUCAGCUGUGUUGUGCAUGUACUCUUCCUUCUCCUCUGUAUCUUUGUUAUCAGCAAACAGAUGUGCAGAAUGUCCUGACUCUCAGGACUGCAUGAACCGAGACAGAGCAAAGUGUGUUAGCUGUAAUACUGAUGAAAUAGUGAGCAGAGAUGAGAACUGGUGGUGCCAUGCACAUCUGGGAGUGAUGCUAUACAUCUGUGUACAUUUGUAAGUGUACUUUAUUCAGUUAAGGUACUAAUAAAAAAAUGGAAGGAGAAGAUUGACA